CCAACCACUCGUCCCGGACGACCGUCUUCCUCCUUCAAUCUCGAAUUCAAGAACCCUCAAAUCCCUCUCUUUCUCUCUCUAUCUCUACACCACCCAAGAUUCAAAUUCCUCCUCCUCCUCCUCCUCCUCCUCCGCCGCCGCGUGCCGAAUCGACUCGAAUCGAAUCGAAUCGGGCCGGGGUUGUUGCCGAGAAGGGCGGCGGACGGCGGCUGCGGGUGGCGGCGGCGAAGCGACGGCGACACCACUGGCUCCCCGAUGAUCGUGCGGACCUACGGACGCAGGAACCGCGGCAUUCCCCGGGGUACCCCGACUCGAUGGACGACGACUCGAUCUUGGACGACCCUUACAGAGACUCCCUCUCCUCCCACCACGACGCCACGGCCCCGCAAGACUUCUACGCCUUCUCCUCCUCCCAGGACUCCACCACCCCCGCCGGCCCCCACCACCACCACCUGCCCUUCUUCGACUCCGACCCCUUCGCUCCUCCGGCGGCGGCGGAGGAUUACGGGGGCUACGGCGGCGGCGGCGGCGGCGGAGGGGUGGGAGGGGCGGCGAGGAAGUCGAAGAAGGCUAGGAACGGGGAGGGGGCGGCAGGAGGGGGAAGGGGUACGGGGGGAAGAGCGGCGGCGCGAGGGGUCGAGGGCGACGUCGACGCUGAUGGAGACGCAGGAGUUCGGGGAGAUGAUGGAGCACGUGGACGAGGUGAAUUUCGCCCUAGAUGGGCUAAGGAAGGGGCAGCCCGUGAGGAUCCGGAGGGCGAGUUUGCUCUCCUUGUUGGGGAUUUGCAGCACCGCCCAGCAGCGCCGGCUCUUGAGGACUCAGGGGAUUGCGAAGACUAUAGUCGAUGCUCUUAUAGGUCUCAAUUUCGACGACUCACCCAGUAAUCUGGCAGCAGCAACCCUCUUUUAUCUUUUGACCGGUGACGGUCAAGACGAUCAGCUUUUGGAAUCACCAAGAUGCAUUAAUUUCCUUGUUAAGAUGUUGAAACCGACUGUCUCUGCAUCUACCGAAGAAAAGUCCUCCCGAUUCGGUUUUAAGCUUUUAGGAUUACGUAAGGAUUCUGAGAUAUUCCAUGGGGGGAUGAACAAAAAGGAUAGUGGCGCUGCCAAUAUCAUAUCGAGAGUGAAGGAAAUUCUUGUGAGUUGCAAGGAACUGAAGCCGAGCUUUUGCAUGAUAGUGGUUCAGAGGCCUGAGUUAAGCCCCAAGUGGAUAGCUUUGUUAACUAUGGAGAAAGCUAGUUUAUCUACCAUUGCUCUUGAAGAAACUUCUGGUAUUGUAAGAAAGACAGGAGGCAACUUUAAGGAGAAAUUGCGUGAGUUUGGAGGACUUGAUGCUGUCUUUGGGGUCUCCAUGCAUUGCUAUUCCAUAAUGGAGGGUUCGAGAGAGCAACACCCUUCUUCUUGGGAUGCUAAAAAUGACGUGUAUCUAAGUAGCCUUGUGCUGCUUUUAAAAUGUUUGAAGAUCAUGGAAAAUGCAACCUUCCUUAGUAACGAUAACCAGACUCAUUUGCUUGAAAUGCAAGGGAACCUGGGUUCUGAAAGAUCCAAUAUAUCUUUCACAAAACUUAUUAUAAAUGUAAUCAAGAUUCUCUCAGGUCUUUAUCUUCUCAAAAGCACUCCCGCUCCAAACAGUCAAGAAUCUGAGUUCUCCAAUGGCAUAUAUCAUACUUCUCGAUUGGCUUUGGUUGCUGCUGACAAAGAGGAAAGCAAUGAGAUUUUGUCCGUCAGAUCCACUAGUGAGCGUUGCAGUGUGGAGGAAAUUUCCUUGCAGAAAAUUUCUGGUGCAUCUGUUCCUCCAAGAUAUUCAUCAUCCAGUUCCGAGGUGACAACAUCGUCAAAUGGCAGCUCUUUGUUGAAGAUAAAUUUCAGUUCUUCUGCCUCAAGUUCACGUGGUGGGCUGUUGAAGAGUUCAAGCAGUGGGACUAAUUCGACUAGUAAUGGUUUAAAGUGCAACUUCAGCAAUGGCAAGAGAGACAUUGUUAGUGAUGAUGCCAUGUUUGAAUCUUUGGAACAUAGCCAGGAUCCUUUCGCAUUUGAUGAAGAUGAGUUUGCGCCCUCUAAGUGGGAAUUACUAUCAGGGAAGAAACAUUCUAGAAGUAAGAACAGUAGAUUACCGAUCAGAGAAACUGAGGAUGUCUGUCAACUGCAGCUGAAAAGGCUAGAAGAUUUAGAUAAGGGGGAACGUCCUCUUCAAGAAUCAAGUAGCUGUGAUAACAAUUGUUCUCAGGAAGCAUCUACUUCAGGAGCCAUUGAUGAAGAAAAUCACAGCUAUCUAACGGACUGCCUUCUUACUGCUGUUAAGGUAUUGAUGAAUUUAACAAAUGAUAAUCCUCUCGGAUGUAAGCAAAUUGCUGCUUGUGGAGGAUUAGAGACCAUGGUGUCAAUAAUUGCAGGCCACUUCCCAAUGUUUAGCUCCUCGUUGUCUCUCUUCAGUGACAGUAAGGAGAAGAAUCAGAAUGUUGAUCUUGACCUUGAAAAGGAAAAGCACCUCACAGACCAAGAGUUGGACUUUCUUGUUGCUAUUUUGGGUUUGCUUGUGAACUUGGUUGAGAAAGAUGGAAGUAACAGAUCGCGGCUUGCAACAACCAGUGUUACUGUACCCAACUUAGAAGGUCUUGAAAGUGGGAGCAGGAGGGAUGUAAUUCCAUUAUUGUGCUCCAUCUUUUUGGCUAACAGAGGUGGAAGUGAAGCAGCUGGUGAAGAACAGGUUAUGGAAUUGGAUGAGGCCACUUUGUUACAAGGAGAGAAAGAAGCUGAGAAGAUGAUUGUCGAAGCUUAUUCUGCCUUGCUUCUGGCAUUCCUCUCCACAGAAAGCAAAAGCAUCCGUGACAAAAUUGCUGCAUGUCUCCCGAAUCAUAAUCUGGCGGUUCUGGUCCCCGUGUUGGAGAGAUUUGUGGCAUUUCACUUGUCGCUAGACAUGAUGACGCCAGAGACGCAUAAAACCGUAAGCGAAGUGAUCGAGUCGUGUAGAGUUCUUUGAGAACUCAAAUGGUAGAGAGACCCAAAUUCCUGUGUACAGCAUCUUUCUUUCAGGAUAGUUGUUUGAGCAUCACACGGUGGAAGUGUGUGGCAGAUGCAGCAGUCUAUUGAGUUGACUACAAGCCUCUGUUAAUAGUCUUUUAUAGGCCUUUAUUUUUUCACCCUCUCUUGUUCUUCUCUUUUAAAGCCUUUUUGAUCCCUUCUCUUCUUUUACCCUUUUUUGCCUCUUUGUUAUGUACUUUUGGCUUUUCGACAGUGUAUCUUUUGUUUGUUUUUCACCUUCUUGGUGAGCUUAGGAGAAUCUUCACUUUGUGCAUUACUGCUGUAAUUUGUAAAUUUUCUUAUUCUUUGUUUUAGUGUCGCCCCCUCAAGUAUUUUGUACUCUUGUUAUCUAAAAAAAAAUUAACAAAAAGAAGAAUGGUUGAGAGCCUUA